AUGAGGCAAGAAGAGCAUUUUAAAAACAAUUCAGGUGUGAUGCCGGCAGGGUUGUGUGGUGCUUGGAUCAAAGAAUCUGAUGGAGGGCUUUUCACAUCUCCUAACUAUCCUGAAAAAUAUCCUGCUGACAGAGAAUGCAUAUACAUAAUUGAAGCUUCUCCAAGGCAAUGCAUUGACCUGUAUUUUGAUGAAAAGUAUGCCAUUGAGCCAUCAUGGGAGUGUAAGUUUGACCAUAUUGAAGUCAGGGAUGGUCCCUUCAGCUUUUCUCCUAUUAUCGGACGUUACUGUGGACAAGAGAGCCCGACCUAUGUUAGGUCCAGCGGACGAUACCUUUGGAUAAAAUUUGUGGCAGAUAGUGAACUAGAAGCCACUGGAUUUUCAGCUCGGUACAAUUUCACCCAAGAUCCUGAUUUCAAAGACCUUGGAGUUCAACAAUCUCUUCCUAUUUGUGAAUUUGAGAUGAGCGGGCCAGAGGGGAUUGUGGAGUCUGUAAUGGUUACGAAAGAGGGCAAAGCGUUGCAGACAGAGGCUGUAGACUGCUGGUGGUUCAUAAGAGCUCCUCCUGGCUCGAAGAUCUAUUUGCGUUUCCUGGAUUAUGAGAUGCAGAACUCAAACGAGUGCAAGCGUAACUUUGUGGCAAUCUAUGAUGGGAGCAGCUCAGUGGAACACCUGAAGAAUAAAUUCUGCAGCACGGUGGCCAACGACGUGAUGCUGCUGUCUUCAUUAGGUGUGAUUCGCAUGUGGACCGAUGAGACCAGCCGCAGGAGCCGAUUCCGUAUCCUCUUUACCACCUUCCACGAGCCUCCAUGUGAAGGAGACGCUUUCUUCUGUCAUAGCAACAUGUGUAUUAACCACACAUUGGUGUGCAAUGGUAUCCAAAACUGCGUCUAUCCUUGGGAUGAGAAUGGUUGCAAAGAGAAAAGAAAAGCCAACAUCCUGGACGGUCUCGACAAUACUAAUGUGACCAUUAUUGGCGUGACCUGCGGACUGGUGAUUAUCCUGCUCACCAUAUCCAUAAUCAUUCAAAUAAAACAGCCACGGAAGAAGUACAUAAUCCGCAGAGAUGAAUUUGAUCCCACCUUGCUGCAUGAGGCCUUUGAACCCCCACACUAUGAGCUGUGCACAUUACGGCAAGCACCCUCAUCCGAUGAUGAGGUUUUACCUGAAGACUUCCCCAAACUGGAGCGCACCUCCUCCAAAUGCAUCCACGGCCACCACUGUGGCUCCCAGAUGUCCAGCACUCGGGGCAGUCGCAGCGAUCUCAGCCUGCGAGAUGCUGCAGCUGUCCUCUCAGAGAUGGAGCAAUCUCUACAACCCCCCUUCCCUAUGCAAGCCACCCCUACUAGCCACAGGAAUAUUCUAGUGAUGAAGCACAGCUACUCGCACAAUGGGGCUGAAGAGUGCGACAUGGAUGAUGAACUUUAUGAUGGGCCCACAACCAGCUGUGGGCGAGCUGCAAUGGACAGAACUGUGCAUCGGUCAGUAUCUAAUGACUUUUGAUGCACGUUUUCCAUGCACGUCAACCCAGCUUUAGGAGAUUUCUUUACUUCCCUAUUUGUCUUCAUUUUUGUUUGUGGUAGUAAUGCACUUGUUUAUUAAGUUUGUUGACAGACAAAAUUUCCUUGUUUAAUCAGUUCGUUUUCACCAUUUUGUGUCCAUAAAGGAUUAUGGAUCAAAAAACAUGGGUACAUUAAAUGGAUAUGUGAACCAUAAAUCUGUAUUGCUGUUAGUUUACUUUUCCUAUUUUGUAUAUGACUAGCCCUAUGCUGUCUAGUCCAUAUAAUUUGAUGACUGUUAUGCACUUCUGUUUUGAUCCUAAUAUUGUGAUAUGAUAUUAGGACACUCAAUCAUUGCAUAUGUUUGAUGCAAAUUUUUUGAUGCAUGCUGUUUGGUGUGGGUAUUAUUAAAAACAUUACAUAAAACA